AUUGUGUUCCAUCCUGCGUACGUCAGCCUUUUUGAGUUAUCCAAGUAAUGACUUUGGCUGCCGUACAUGACCUGCCAUUAAGUGCCACAGCAGGGAGUGGUUAGUGGUGUGCAUCCAGCCCCCACCACGCAACACUUUUGCAAUCAUGCCCUCGGCCUCUCGAGUGAACGGCGUCUCACCCCAUCGAGACGUCGCGUGCGAUCAUUUUUUUAAUUUCAGAGUCCUGCUUCACUCCAGAGUACGAGUACAUGAUCGCGCCACAAAAAUGAGUUCCGUCGUGCAAUCUCUGAAAUCCUAAAUUGAAUGCAGCGGGGUGGAUGAAAGUGUAUCGACAGCCUGGAAAAAACGGACAAACGGAGUGAUUACUUUAAUGCUGAUUGUUGAUGUUGCUACUAUUAGGCCCUCCUGCUGGAAUGAUCUAAUCAGGAUCUGGCUUGACGGGGCGCAGCUCAAUGAGGCGCGACCGAGCGCUCUGACCAGUAGACAUAUCUGUCCGGGCCAACCGCUGAUUUUUAACCUCGAAUGGUUUUCCGCUCCUGCCGAAAACAAAGCUACGACUCUGAGAACACAGAAGAUGAGACCACUGAGCCCCAGGUGGAACCCAAAGGAGGGGCAGGGAGGCACCAUGAAAAGGGCGCCCGAAAAGGACCUUCAGGAGAGGGGGAUCGGAUGAUGGACUAUAACCCCGAUGGUUCCGAUCGCCAGUCCACACUUCCGGGCUCGUACGACCCAAUUGUAGAGCGGGAGCUCCGGACGCUGAACUCUCGACCCCCAGGGCCCAACAUGGACCCCACAAACCCAUCCAGGACUCAAAACGAUGAAGAAAUAUAUGGGAGUUUCUCCCAUGCGCCUCUGACCUCUCCUCAACCACCUCCCAUCACACACAUAAACCACACCAACGCCUCAAAUCCAGGCGAGAAUCAACCCAGACCUCCAAAUGAUUCAGAUAAGGCUUCCAAACUGGCUCGUGCAGGGCCAAAGAUCUCUGACAAGGUCCGGGCUUUUGAGGAGCGAAGGUUGAGUGUGGAUCUGCCGGACCUUGUUGGAUCUAUUCCAGGGCUGGAUUGUAGGGAAAAGAACAAGGAAGCCACACAAAAACGGACCGCCUUCAAGCAACGAGCCUCCUCUCUGGAGGACAACAACAGCUUCUCACAGCGCGUUCAGAGCUACCAGAACAAGUUCACGGAGGAACUGGACAGGAUUAAAAAGCUCGUUAGAACAGACAUAAAAAAGGCAUAUUCUACUGAGCAGCUACCACGGAAAGAUUGUUUGAUGACAAGCAAGGUGGAGCCCAUCCCUCCAGAGGUGGUUAAAAAACUGGAGGCAAGGCGAGAUCUGGAAGGAACUCGGGCCUGGGAGGCUGGCAGACCGCAAACUAAAGUUUCUAAAAGAGCGAAGCCAAGCCCAAAGAAAAACACAGCACAUUACUCAUCGCAAGGCAGCACUGGGAAUAAUAGUGUUGCCAUGGAGACAGCACCAGUUCACCAGUUGCCAGGGCAACCAUUGACAACAGCCAAGACCGGGCUCAUCAGGGAAACCACACAGAGUUCUUCACACACUCUCGUUGCCGCCUUACCAGAACACCGAUCUGCUUCACGCAAGGACAAGGACAGAUCCCACAGUCCGACAGGAAAAAGAGCGUUGCCGGUCACGGUGAGGGAAGCCGGGUCGCAGUAUCCAGCCAAGCCCCCGAGGCUCACCCCGUCACCCACGCCUUCCACCAGCCCACACCUGAAGAGAUGCAAGGCCAUUCCCGCCAUCCUGGUGGAAGAUGAAACCGUCCCGACUGAACAUGAUGAAAGUGAAAUGGGGAGGAAGGAGGAGAAACGUGACAAAGGCAAGAUCGGUCACUCUGAAGAAGGCAUAUCACCUGACGGUGACGAGGGAGCUGAGCCACCAAGAUUUAAGACGCCACUUAAAGACACCAUUGCACCCUGCAGCUCCAAGGUCACGCUGACAUGCACAAUCCGUGGCAAACCACCCCCUACAGUGAGGUGGACAAAGAACAGCGAGGAUAUCCGAAACGAUUCCCUCCGCGUGGUCAAGGCCGAGGGCCACAAGCAUAGUCUGGUGAUCAGGUGUAGUGGGUCCAGUGAUGCGGGAUGGUAUUAUGUGACAGCUGUCAACGCAGCAGGCAAAGCUUCCUGUAAGGCGACUCUCCACAUCCUGUCAGAGCCAUGCAAGAGGUCAGUCAGGUCCCCGGAAGCCGGAAGCCCCACCCACCUAUCCGAUAAUGAGUACAUGAACCUGAAGGAGGAGGUGAUGGAACACAAUCAAGACGCUCCUGCUCUGACCAAAAGUGUCAACUUCAAGGAGCCUCCCUAUUUCCAGGUGGGGCCGUGUGACCAAACAGUGAUGGAGGGCCAGGAUGUUGUCAUCUCAGUCAAAGUCACAGGGCAGCCCAAACCUACACUUCACUGGCUGAAGGACAACGCUCCGGUGAAGACGGCAGGACGCUUCUCCGUGCAGGAGACGGACUCCGGUUCCAGCGAGAUGAAAAUCAUCUCAGCAAAGAGGUCGGAUGCGGGGCUCUACAUUUGCAAGGUUGUCAACCAGAGCGGAAUAAAACAGGAAGAGUGCAGAGUGGAGGUCAAAGGUGCAGCACAGACCAACUUGAAAAUUAAGCAGGAUAUCAAAGACGUGACAGUAAGGGGCGGUGAGUCGGCCAUGUUUGAAUGCCACGUUGCAGGGCCCCCGGACAUGGAUGUGGAUUGGUUGUCCAACGGGAAGCUGAUCCAGCCGGCAUUGCUCAACUGCAAGAUGCACUUUGACGGCCGGCGGUGCCGCCUGCUGCUCAAUUCAGUGCACGAAGAUGACAGCGGGACGUACACCUGCAAGUUGAGCACGGCUAAAGAGGAGUUGACCUCCAGUGCAAGCCUGAAGGUCACACCCUCCAAAGAGCCCUUGUUCACUCGCAAGCUGGACAUCCUCGAGGUCAUCGCAGGUCGCACCGCCCGUUUUGACUGCAAGGUGAGCGGGUCACCGGCACCACAAGUCACCUGGAUGCACUUUGACGCCAGGGUGGAGGAGAGUGACAACGUGCAUGUUCUCAGCGAGGGAGGGCGCCACUCGCUGGUCAUCGCCAACGUCAGCGGUGACACGGAGGGCUUCUACACGGCCAUGGCUCAGAACGUUCACGGAAAGUCUGAAUGCACCGCCGAGCUUUACAUGCAGGAGCACAGGGCCGCCAUCUCUUCUCACAUGUCCACACUGGAGAAGAUGCCGUCCAUCCCAGAGGAGCCGGAACAUAUCGAGAGUGAAGUGGAAAAGCGAACCAUGCCGGACUUUGUCAAACCUCUGGUAGACAUGGAAGUCAUUGAGGGCAAAGAGACCGUGCUUUGCUGCAAGGUGACAGGCCUGCCUUACCCAACCAUCGCCUGGUACCACAGCGGCAAGCGCAUUGAAAGCAGCGAGGAGCGCAAAAUGACUCAGUACAGGGAUGUCCACAGCCUGCUCAUUCAGAGUGCUCGUCACGCUGAUGGCGGCGUCUACAAGGCUGUGAUCGCGAACAAAGUGGGUAAAGCAGCCUGUUAUGCACAUUUAUAUGUCACAGAUAUCAUUCCGGAACCACCUGACGGCCCUCCUGUCAUAGAAACCAUCACAGGGAAAACUAUAACCCUUAGCUGGAAGAGACCAAAGAGACUGGACGCAUCUUAUGACCCCGGUUCUUUGCUAUACGUGCUCCAGCAGCAACCUCUGGGUUCCAUACAGUGGUCCAAUGUGGCGUCCAAUCUAAGGGAGACCAGCUACACCGUCAAUUGCCUAUCCAAGGGAGUCCGCUAUGCUUUUAGGGUCCUGGCGUCUACUGGCAAGACACUUAGCAAGCCCUCACCAUCUACUGAUCUGGUCCAGCUGCUGGACAGAGGACCCUAUCUGAAGAAAGCGCCGGUCAUCGUGGACAAACCUGACAUUCUGUAUGUGGUCGACAACCAACCUGCGAGCAUCUCAAUCACCCUGAACCAUGUGCACGCUACAGUAACUUGGAAAAGGAGGGGAACGUCCUUGGUCAACAAACCAGGGGUGUGCGAGAUGAGCAUGCCAGACGAUGAUCAACACUCCCUCACACUCCAGAGGGUCAAGGCCUCAGACCUCGGCCAGCUGGUGGUGUUGGCCAGCAACCAAUUCGGCAGCGACCUCUGCAUGCUUGAGCUCGCCAUGGCAGUGUCGCCGAAGUUCGAAACAAUCAUGGAGGACGUGGAUGUGGAGGCUGGGCAAACGUCCCUUCUGGCUGUUGUGGUCGAAGGGAAACCAGAUCCGGACAUUUUGUGGUACAAGGAUGAUGAGCUUCUCUCCGAGAGCAGCUAUUUCACCUUUGUUUACGAUGACCCAGAAUAUUCCCUUGUGAUCCUCAACGCCCGUCCGGGGCACUCUGGUGUUUAUACGUGCACUGUAAAAAACAUGGCUGGAUCCAACUCCUGCAAGGCUGAACUGACAGUUCACACAGAGCGAAAAGAGGCAAUAGAACCAAUGGAAGACAAGGGAACCAUUCUCAGGAAGAUGCGACGCUUGACCGACUACUAUGACCUCCACAAGGAGAUAGGCCGGGGGGCCUUCUCUUACAUAAAACGGGUAACUCAGAAGAAGGGAAAGAAGGAUUUUGCCGCCAAGUUCACAUCUGCACGCGGGAAAAGGAAAGCCUUGGCACUGCGGGAGAUGGAACUGCUGUCCACACUGGACCACGAGCGGAUCAUCUACUUCCAAGAUGCCUUUGAAAAGAAGAAUGUGGUAGUGCUCAUAACAGAAUUGUGUCAUGAAGAGCUGCUGGAACGAAUGUCCAGAAGAACAACCGUCACAGAACUGGAAAUCCGUCGAAGUGUUCAGCAGGUGUUAGAAGGCCUUCGUUACCUUCAUGAGAAAGGAAUUGCUCACCUCGACAUCAAGCCAGAAAACAUUUUGAUGACUGGUACCAGCAGUGACCAGAUCCGCAUAUGUGACUUCGGCAAUGCCAUCAGACUGGAGUCAUCCGAGGAGCACUAUUGCAAGUAUGGCACACCAGAAUAUGUGAGCCCAGAAAUUGUGAACCAGACCCCCGUUUCCACAGCAACAGACAUAUGGCCAGUUGGCGUCAUUACAUAUCUGUGCCUGACAGGAGUGUCACCAUUUGCCGGUGAAAACGACCGCGCCACAGCGUUAAACAUUCGCAACUACAAUGUGGCCUUUGAAGAGAGUAUGUUCUCUGCCCUCUGCAAAGAAGCAAGGGGCUUUGUCAUCAAGCUUUUGGUGGUGGACCGCCUGAGGCCGAGUGCCGUUGAAUGCCUCCGCCAUCCUUGGUUCAAGUCAGAAAGCAACAAUGGCAUCUGCACAGCGAGGCUUAAACAGACUUUGUCUAGAAGGCGAUGGCAGCGCUCCCUCAUCAGUUACAAAUCCAAGAUGGUGAUGCGCACAAUCCCAGAGAUACUUAAUGACGCAUCUAACCACGUCUCGAUUGCAGUGGCCCGGCAAUUAAAAGACGGCUCACCGCCGCCUUCCUCGUCCUCCGACUCUGAGGCAGACGUAGAUGAGCUGCCCUUCAUUCCAAUGCCGAUAUCUAUGUUUUUCUCCGGUUCCAGAGUCUCCCUGAAUGAGAUCCCUGCAGAUGAACACAUUGCUGUCGAGAAAACUAAGGACGACCUGGACACAAUUAGCCCAGACGAGAUAAAUCAAGAGACAAAACGAGCUCCGUUUAAAAAAGGAUUAAGCACUGAGUCUGAUGAAUCACAAACAAAAGCCAGAAGAUCAACCAUGAGGAGAGGCAGCUCGGCGGACUCUGCACUACUUCUCCAUAUUGACCCCGAGGAGGACAAUGCCAUUGAAGAUACAGAAACAAGCAGCAAUAGCCUGAAAAAGGCGACUUCUCUGGAACUGCCACACCGCAGCCCAAGCCCUGGCAUGACAAAGCUAAGCCAGGAGGAUUACGCCUUGAAACUGGAGCUCAUGAGACAGCGGCUACUAAGGGGUGGCAACAUGGAUAAAAAGAUGAGUGGCCUCCGAGGGCCUUUGUUUGAAACACUUGGCAUGGAAGAUGAGAGGCAGACCGGGUCUCUCGAUCGUAAUCUGAGGAGAUCCAGAACAGGGCAAUCUACACUCACAAGAGCUGCAUCUUCUGAGAAUGCUGGAGAGGACACAACAAAGACCAGAGUUUUUCGGAAAAGUGUCUCCUUUACCCAGGGAGAUUCUGAGCCCAUGCCACUUCACCGCAGGUAUGGAGCUCCCUUGGAGAUUCCAUCUGUCAUCAAUGUCAGCACCGAGAGUAAGAAGCUUCAGGAAGCAACGUCAAUGUCGGCACUAACAGGACAAACGAUGCUGGAGUCAGCGUCGCCUACUGAACACAACAAUUUUGUCUACCCAACACCAGGGAAAGUGGACCAACGCAAAAAACUGAAUUAUGAAGAAAAAAUAGCCAACAAAGACAAGCUAAAUGAAGUUGAAUCUGAGUUGAAAUUACCUUCAGUAGUUACUCCCAUAAUAGUGAUAGAAGAGGAUGAUGACGAAGAGGACACAAGAAAAAAAUAUCAGGACAUGCAAAUACAUGGAGAGGAAGUGAUGGAAGAUAAAGAAACAUCACAAACCUAUAAAGAAUCAUUUGCAAAAAGAAGCAGUGCAGAAGCCAUUGUAGUGUCAUCUGAAACAUCUGAUCAGGUUCCUGACAAGUCAAGAGGCAGACCUGAGCCUAAAGAAAAUGCUUUAUCAUCGAAACACUUGGCUGUGUUUGCAAAAGUAGCCGCUGGCCACUCAUCUUCUGCUUCAAAUUCCUCGUUAUCAAAUCCGGAUAUUUCUGGCAUGCUUAGCCACCCAAAACUGAGAACAGAUAUCAAAGACAUUGACUCAGAGGAGGUCUUUGAGUCCAGAUUUAAGAAGCGGGAAUCCUCUUUGACCCGUGGCCUCAGAAAGCUGACAAGAAACAAAUCAGAAGGGGAAUCGCCUGUGCCAAGCCGUAAGAUUGGCGGUGGAGGUGAAGAGGUUUACAGGCCAGGGCCAAGGGGAGCACCUCUUGAGAUGAGCUCCAAAGGGCUACAAGAGAAGUCCAAAUCAGUUCAAGACCUACGUGAAGAUGAGAUAAAGGAACGAGGCCUGAGCCUUAUCGGAAGGUUUUCAUUACGAGGAAAGAGAUCACCAUCCGAUGACAAAAAGGGAGACAAAUCCACUGAAAGAAAGACUCAGGAUGCACAGGAAAGUGCGGCCACUAAGAGGGUUACUUGGGCAAUUGGUCGAAGUAAAUCUCUGGACACCAAAGAGCAAGAUAGAGAACAAAGAAAGGCUGAUGAGUCUGCAAUUUCUUCUGUGAGGCGCAGGUUUGAGUCCAAAGUGGCAGGAAUCUCUGCUAAAAUAAGAACCCAGUCUGAGGAUAGGAAGGAUAAACAUGCCGAGGGAAGUCAGAAAGAGACGGAUUUGAAGAAGAUCACAGAUUCUUCCGUCUUUGCAAUGCGACAGAAGUUUGAGAAUAAAGUGGCAGGAAUUUCCACCAAAAUACGAAGCCAGUCGGACGAGAGAAAAGAGAACACAGAAGGAAAGAGGACACCGUUGUUUUCUCGCCAUCGCCACUCACGCUCUGAGGGUCGUGGACUGCAAGAAAUCUGUGUGCCUGAAAAUCAGCUUGCAAAACAGGUUGCCGUCGGCACCUCUAAAGAGUCGAUUGAAUCUGUUUCAAGUGUUCAUUCUGAGAAAGAGAACGACCGGCGGUCUAGAUGGGACAGGUGGGGUCUAAGCAGGAGCAAAAAAGACAAAACACCUUCCCAGACUGACAUUCUUUUACCUGCCCCAAAAGAGGAGGAGAACUCAAACACUCCGAAGUUUGUCCGUUCUGCGUCAGAUUUCCCACCGGUGUUCCAUAUCAAACUCAAGGACCAAAUACUGCUAGAAGGAGAGCAGGUCACCCUUUGCUGCCUACCGGCAGGAAGUCCACCUCCUGACAUUUCAUGGAUGAAAGAUCGUAAAGCUGUGCUGGCGGAUGACCGCAUUAGUCUGAUCUCCCAUCCAGACGGCAGGCAGCUUCUUACCAUCCUCAAGUGUAGCCAUAAAGAUGCCGGGGUGUACGAGUGUUUAGCUACUAAUCCCAUUGCUGCCAUCACCACGUCCUGUACACUGUCAAUAGCUUAUAUUCCUAAGCGACCGGGGACCCCUGAGGUCCCUCAGACGUACAACAACACUGCCCUGGUGCUUUGGAAGCCGGCAGACACCAAGCCUCCGUGCAGCUAUACUCUGGAAAGGAAGUCAGAAGGAGAUUCAACGUGGCAAACUGUAGCCACCAGAGUGGUUGACUGCUACUACAAUGUGACCGACUUACCGCGAGGUGGCUUGUUUAGGUUCCGUGUGUCCUGCGUGAAUAAGGCAGGACAGGGGCCACAUAGCAACUGUUCAGCUCCAGUCAAUUUGGACUCAACAGCUCAAGACGCAAUACCAGAGGUGGCUGUUGUGAAGACAGCGAACAAACGAGAGCCUCUGGUGUCCCCCUCAUCCAUCCCCCAACUCACACCCAUGAUGACUGUCACAGUUACAGCUGCUGAAGAUGCAACUGCACAAGUGAUGUCCCCUUCUGCAGCAGAAUCGCCAUCAUCCUUAGGUCCUUCAAGCCAUAAUACACCAAAAAAUACACCACAUGACCCAAAAACAAGCGCUAAACAUCCCUCUGCACCAUUUAUAGUGCCCAAACCCCAAAGUCCCGUGAACAUUGUGUCUCCUAUGACCCAGAGUCCCAUCACACUUGUAACUCCACCUUCAACCCCCACCAAACCAGCCUCAGUGCCCAUUAAAGGCACCACAGCAUCUGUGGCCACAUCUCCUGUCUCCUUCUCCCCUCAAGUGCUUCAAACAUCCAGCCUGAGCCCCAUCGGUGAAGGGGUCAGUACGCCCGGCAGAGGGACCCCAUCCACGGCUCUGCGGCAAGGGGUUCCACAAAAACCGUACACCUUCCUGGAUGAGAAAUCCAGGGGUCGUUUUGGAGUCAUCCGCGAAUGCCGUGAGAAUGCCACGGGCAGAAUGUACAUGGCCAAGAUCAUCCCCUAUAGCCAUGAGAACAAACAGGAGGUGUUGAAGGAGUAUGAGAUUCUGAAAUCCCUGCACAAUGAAAGAGUCAUGGCAUUGCACGAGGCCUACGUCACGCCACGCUACGUUGUGCUGGUGGCAGAGUACUACACAGGCAAAGAGCUUCUGCACAGCCUAAUAGACAGGUUUCGCUACUCUGAGGAUGACGUGGUGGAGUACUUGGUGCAGAUCCUUCAGGGAGUCGAGUACCUCCACAACCGCAGGGUCCUCCACUUGGACUUGAAACCCGACAACAUUAUGGUGACAAACAAUAACACCAUCAAGAUUGUAGACUUUGGGAGCGCUCAGAGCUUUAACCCGCUCAGUCUUAAGCAGCAGGACUCGGUAACAGGAACUCUGGAAUACAUGGCUCCUGAAAUGGUGAAAGGUGAAGUGGUGGGGCCCCCAGCAGAUAUUUGGACAGUCGGAAUUGUUAUCUACAUUAUGCUUAGUGGCCGACUGCCUUUUCAAGACAAAGACCUGCAGAGGGUUAAAUCCAAGAUCCUGACGGCGAAGUUUGACCCAACAAGACUGUACCCCAACGUGUCCCAAAGUGCUUCUGCUUUUGUCAAGAAGAUGUUGAGCAGUUACGCUUGGGCCCGCCCGACCACACGCGACUGCAUCACCCACGCGUGGCUGCAGGAUACUUACCUGAUGAAGCUGAGAAGGCAGACUCUCACCUUCGCCACCGCCGGACUCAAGGAGUUCCUGGUGGAGCAGCAGUGUCGCCGCGCCGAGAGCUCCACCAAACACAAGGUGCAGCUGCGCACCUACCAAAACGCGCCCCGGUCCGUGCCGCCAGGUCCCGGCCCAAAGUGAAAUAACCGAGAACGGACCGACUCCCGUCGCCUGGAAUGACGCAUUGUUGACCGCUCUUAAGGCUGCCAAGUCAGCCGCAGAAGACGAGAUACUUUCAGACGCCAACACAUUGUGUGCAAAUUCUUAACACUGAAAUUGUUCAUCAUCAGCCUUCUUUUUACGUCACGCACCACCUGUGAAUGUACCAUACUUUGAGCUGCUAACUUAUAUUUGCAUUUGCGUUACACAUUGGUUUAAAAAAAAAAAAAAAAAAAAAAUCGCAAUUACUUUUCCUUUAAAUGUUUACUUUUUUCAUGUUAAUUUAUUUGCAUGCAUGCACGAGCAUCUUUCAAUCACUUUUUGGACUCAAUAAGGGAAAACAAAAAAGAAGAGGAGAAUCCUUGUGGUUGUUAUUUAAGGUAGGGUGCAAUUAACGUGUCUGUGUUUAAACGUGGAUUACAAGCAGUGAGCGGUGGAGAUUAGAACAGUUUGUGGGGGGGCGUGGCCUGCGGACCUGCAGCAAAGCGGGGUGUGCCAGGACCGGUUUCGAGAUUAUCGACCGGUGCGUAGUCUUCCACAAUUUCAAAUUGUGGAAGACUUGCUCUUCCGGGUUCUUAAGACCACCAACUACGGACAUGACCGCCUCGUUCAUCUUUCUGAACAAUGAUUUAUUUUGCAAUUUGUGUUCGUUUUCAGUUAUUUCUGUCCGUCUCGCCCUCACUCUCGUUCGUGCUCGGGUUUUCUCUCCACCGUCAACAACCCCUCUCCUUCCCGGCUGCCGCUCUUUAACAGAGCGACCGGUGAUUAGAUAAGCCAGCCCAGGUGUGCCAUCUACGCACCUCUCGCUAAUCUCGAAACCGGUCCUGGCGCACCCCGCUUCGCUGCAGGUCCGCAGGCCACGCCACCCCACACAGUCACACCACAAUGGUGAACUCCUGUGGUUCCUCAGUGUUACUCGUACUUUGGUGAAGUUAUGGUUGCCCAGUCAGUGCCUGGAUUGGAGUCCAAUCCAAAGUGUUUUAAUGUGUUCCGGUGGUAAAUCACAUGUUUUUUUUUAACAAACCUUAGCCCCACUGUUGCAACUUUACAACGACAUACUCUUGUCGACAUGUGACAGUAUUGAUGGCAUUUAAUAGUCCUGUUACUCUAACAGCACUCCAUUUUUCUUUGAAUUUGGAUGCUUAAGAAUUUGUAAAUGUGCCACUUUGCGGUGUUUAUACGUGGGAAAUGUUUUUUUUUUUUUUUCCAGAGACAGUAUGUAAUAAAAUGUUGAUAGAAAGUCUUGUCGUUCAACAUUCUUCGUGCGUUUUUAAU